UUCCGAGAAAGUCCUGGGUGGCACAGCGGCAGGUUGUCCCCGUCCGGGGAUCCCCCUAGCCAAGCGAGGGUGCGCCCUCCGCAGGCGGCUCCCGGUAGGCCCUCCGUUUCAGCUCUGGGUCUCCCCCCCAACCCCUCUGUGCCCGCCCCGGCCACCUCGGGGGCGAGGCAGCCCAGCGCGUGGGAGGGGACGGCGCGCCAUUGGCUUGUGCGCGGCACUAGAGGAGGGACCAGUGCGGGCCGCCAGACUCGGGCGAGCCCAGCAGCGCCAGGAGUCCAGCUUGCCCUGCCCUGCCCUGCCCUGCCUGCCUAGCGCGGCGCCGCGAUGUGAGACUCCCCGGGCCGGAGCGUCCGCAGGGCACGCCAGCUCCGCGAGCGCAGCACCCCGCGCGCCAGGAACGAUCUUUGGAAAGUCAGAAUAUACUUCGGGUUUCUGUUGUCACCUUCGUACAGACAGAGCGCUCUCCUAGAGUCCCCUCUGGCCUUCGUGUCUUAGGUGCCCUCUGCCUUAGCUUCUCUUCUUCUGGACUCUCAGGUACAGGAAGGAAAACAGCCACUCAUUUCACACAUGAAGAGUAAGACUGUGUGUCAGAACCUGGGGCCCAGGUCUCACUCGCCCUUCAGCCCCAGUGGUGACUGGGUUUGUGGUGUUGUCAUUUGGAACAAAACCUCAGGACCUCUUCUAUGUACCUCCCCUCCCCCUGGCAUCCACACCGGCUGUGCCCCUCUGCUGGUGUGUUUGUUGGGAUGCUCUAUUUCAUUCUAAGACUCUGGGCGUUUGAGAAGGAACCUGGGCUAUCUGGGGACAUUUCCUGGGGCUGCAAGACAUCAGGGACAUGGCGCUGGGCAGCAGGUGGAAGGAGGAACUUCUAAGCUGUGCCUUGGAAUGAGUUUGCUGGAGUGAACGCGAGAUGCUGGGGUACCAGGACCCUGGGCACUGGCCGGGUGAGCAGGUUGUGAGGACUGAGCACAAGAGAGGGCCCCUCAUCUCAGACUCCAGUGUGCAUCUCAGCAUCUAGCUCAUUGCCCAUCUCAGAGAGGAAACUGAGGCAGCCGCAGCACCAUCUUCUCUUAGGCCCCGGGUGGGGCCUGGCCACAUUCUUCUCACCCUACACUGGGACCUGGGGUCUGGAAGUCCAGCAGGAACGAUGGCUGAGGCCAGUGUCUCCCCAUGUCCCUCAGCAGAAGAAAAAAUGGCAGGCAAACAGCCCCCUCCGCUCAUGAAGAAGCACAGCCAGACGGAUCUUGUGAGCCGCUUGAAGACCAGAAAGAUCCUGGGUGUGGGCGGGGAGGAUGAUGACGGCGAAGUGCACCGGUCCAAGAUCAGCCAGGUUUUGGGCAACGAGAUAAAGUUUGCUGUGCGGGAGCCUCUGGGGCUCAGGGUCUGGCAGUUUCUUUCUGCUAUGCUGUUCUCCAGUGUGGCCAUCAUGGCCCUUGCCCUCCCUGAUCAGCUCUACGAUGCAGUUUUUGAUGGGGCUGAAGUCACAAGCAAGACCCCCAUCCGCCUCUACGGUGGUGCCCUCCUUAGCAUCUCCUUGAUCAUGUGGAACGCACUCUACACAGCCGAGAAGGUCAUCAUCCGCUGGACUCUGCUCACUGAGGCCUGCUACUUCGGGGUGCAGUCCCUGGUGGUCACUGCCACGCUUGCUGAGACGGGCCUCAUGUCCCUGGGGACCGUGCUGCUCCUGGCCAGCCGCCUCCUCUUUGUUAUUGUCAGCAUCUACUACUAUUACCAAGUCGGCCGGAAACCCAAAAAAGUGUAGCAGGCUGGGACCUGCCUGGGCCUGGACCUGGGCCCGAGCAGCUGGGGACUUCACUGUCCAUGGGUCCUAGACAGGCCUGCAGGCAGGCAGGGUGCACACGCCUUCCUUCCCUCCCAGGCACUCCACGGAGUCAUCUUGGGUCUCCUGGGAUUCUAGGAGUGACAGACCAGGCUGUGGCCUCUGCACCCCACCCCUCACCCUUGUGCAGGGACAACUCCUUGCCCUGUGUUUCUUGGCCUCUAGACUCUAACAGGCAGAGUCUAGAGUAAGUUUUAGGGUCUGGGCUGAGUCAAGGUGAGUUCCUCUGCCAGGAAGCCCUUUCUAGGAGGUUGUGUCGGCCCCAGCAGGGGCUCUCAGCUUCUCCCCAUCCAGAAACCCGAUGUGUGAGUCCCUCAUCACACACGCACACACACACACACACACACACACACACACACACACACACACACACACACGGUGUUUCUAGAGAUCCAGUUGAGGACAUCUAGCAAGGGGAGUGACUGCCUCCCUUGGGCCAAGUUCCCCAGCCUCAGCCUGCACAUCUCUCUCUUUGGCCUGCUGGAGGGUACUCUGAUUCUCUGGCUGGCCGCCUGCGUCCCAGAGCACCAGAGUCCCUUCCCGACAGGCUAGGGUUAGGCAAUGUACCACAGGCCUGAUAGUCCCUGGCUCCUAGCUGCCCAUAGGCUCCUAGUGCAUGAGGAAUUCUGAGGAGAGGACAAGUGGGGACAUUUCCUCGGCAUGGCCUCCAAGGCCUGCAUGGCUACACACCUGGCUCAGUGCCUCCUCCAGAUCCCCUCCUGAGGCUGCCCCAAGGCCUACGGGUUAAAGCCAAUAGCUGCUCACAUGCAACAACGGAAGGAGAUUCAAGAGUCUGCCAUCCCUUAGCAGCCCCUAAGUGGGCCUCUAGAGCUGAAGACACACCCCUGGUGCCACCAGCCUGUGUGGCCCCUCCCCUUGGCCCUAGCUCCCAGCACCUCCCUACCCUUCAGCAGCAAGCACACUAAGAGAUUUGGCCCGAGGCUUCUCCCUUCUGCAAGGGGGUGGUCCCCUAUACCCGAGGAAUCUUUCUCUAGGGCACCUGGGCUCACAGCCUCCCUGGGCUCGGUUGUUCCUGCUGCCAAGUGCUCUGUGACCAUGGCCUUUGCCUAGUGGAGGGAACUCAGUGGAGGAUGUGCCCAGCAGUGGCCGGGGCUGCUUCUGUAACCAAGGUCUGGCAGAGUAGCGAUUCCCUGCGUGUUCAGGAAGGGCCCAUUGUGUAUACCUGCCUCUUGUCACUGGCUUGGUGCCAGUCCCUCAGUCCCACCUCUUUACUCGGACCAUGGACCCUGCCACUGCCAGCUCUUAGUACAGUCCCAACUACCGUAGACCAGGUGACAUUUGUUGACACCAUUCUCAGAGGUGUUGAAGAUUUAUCAUCUUGAAUCCUCCACAAAUACAGAUACAGUCCCAAGGGAGGUAGUCGUAGAAAUGGAAGACGCCAGCCCUGCGCAGCCUGCAGGGACAUCCGCCAGGCUUCCCCUCAGCAGCAGGAGCCCAGGUCACCCUGGUUAAACUGCAGUGAUACAUUUAGGUGGGUGGGGUCAAGGCAUAUGUGGCCUCCGGGAGACACCUGCUUGGAAGGAGGCAGUGAUGGAGAUAGAGCCCCACUCUGAGUCUGGGCUCAGAGUGCCCUGACUGCUCUCCCCCACCCCAUCCCCAGCUCCUCUUGUCAUGCUUCUGCCUGGCCCCCAAGACUGCCUCUGUCAUGGUCACUAUUUAUUCUUGGUCCCUUUUUCUUUUUGUAAGAAACAGUCACAAGAAAACAACAACAACAACAAAAAACAACCAAUGAGAAACAA